UGACAUUGUGGCUUUUGCUUAUUCAAGGUUGAGAUCCACAUAAAGAUACUCUGCAGGAGUGCAAUCUGAAACAUUUGGAACUGUUAUCUACUCAGAUAUCCGAUCCAUCCCUGCAAUGCUGUUGUCUACAUUGUUGAGUUUUGUGCUGCUGUUGGCAAUCGCCAGUCCCAUUGUGGCUCAAGAAAAGAUUUUCAGAAAGUCAAAAAAGCUUCGAAGGCUUUAUGGAUCGGGCGGUUGGGAGCCCCAUUUUGGUUACUAUCCGAGCCACCUGGGCAGCCAGCAUUCCGCUAGUAAUCGCAAAAAGAGCAAAAUUGUCAAGGCUGUAGAGACGGAUAAUUUUGGAGAAUUGAGUGGUUAUGUGGCGCGUAUUCUGGUUAAGGACAAAUUAUUUUGCACCGGUCUUGUGGUGAGUAACCAGGCCGUGCUCACGGUCAAAACGUGCAUGAACGAUAAACUGGGGACAGAAGUCGUUGUGAAAUUGAGCGAUGGCUCAAUACACAAUGUGGUCGAUAAAACGGAUACCCAAGAUUUCACAAUGGCAAAAACUGCGGACCUGCUGACGCUAUUAAAUCUACAGAACCCGCUGGGAACACAGUUUGUCAAAGAGCCGCCUAUUUGCACGAACCCCGUGCCGUCAUCGGAGAAAGUAGACCAGUGGAGUUGGGAUAAGUUUCAAGCCUCGCCGAAGAAGAAAGUUGCGUCAAUAAUAGCAAGCGAUCAGUGCAGGGAAAUCAUCAACGAUCCCAACGGCAUGGUGGUCACCGCUGGGGUUGACUGUUUGGAAAACUCAAAAAUUACCAAAAAAUGCGAGAAAACCUUUGGGCUGCCCUACGUAUGGAGGGGCAGCUUCUGUGGCAUGAACAUCUUAGGCCACAACUGCCCCAACAUUAGCUCGGCGGAUGUCUAUGUAAAUCUGCUGAAGAAGAAAAUCUAUAUAGGUGCGACGAUCAAUAAUGUCUUAGAAUCUAAUCUGGAGGAAAGCGUGUUGUAAAAAUGUUUUAACAUUUGAUUUGAUUUCGUUUGAUACAUUUAGAUUAAAUAAAUAUGAAAUAUUGUUAACUGUGAAA